AUGAAAUUGCAAUUAAGCAAGCCAGAUUCAGUAAGAAUAUUCCCAACAUUUGUGAACUUAAUAUCAUUGAACUUGGAGAUAUAUUUGACUAAUUUAUCGCUUAAGAAGAUUGAAAAAUUGACAACACAGACAUUGAAAUUGUCAACUGAUAUAGAUGAUACCUUAAAUAAGCCUUUAGAAACCAAUGAUUUGAAUCAAAUCAGUAAUCUAGUAAUUUUGAAUUUAGCUAGAAAUAUGAUUGCCAGAAUAACAAAUUUGGAAGAUUUAACAAAACUAAAAGUACCAGAGUUGCAGAACAAUAAAAUUUUGAAAUUUGAGAAUCUUAGUAGCUCGAAAUCACUAAAGGAGGUAAAUUUAAAUUCUAACCAAAUACGAAAGAUUCAAAAUUUAAAUAAUCUAGAUAAUUUGAAAUUGCUGGAUCUAUCAUACAACCAAAUUUUUAAACUUGAAAACUUAUCUGAGUUAAGAAAUUUGAAAAGACUAAAUUUAAUGCUAAACUGUAUCAUAACGAUGGAAGAAUGCCAAAAACUUAGCAAAAUUGAAAAUGUUAAAUUUAAAUAA